AUGACCGAACAGAAUUCAAAGAAACCUGUAAACGCUGCUGCAAAUAUAUCCACCUUGGGUGGUUUCUUAGCAGGUAGUUUGGCUGCUUGUGGAGCUGUUACAUUCACAAAUCCCAUCGAACUUAUUAAGACUCGUAUGCAAUUACAAGGUGAAUUAUCGAAGUCCGAUAAGAAAAUGCCAAAACUCUAUAAAAAUCCUGCACAGGCAUUCGUUGUGAUUUUUAAGAAUGAAGGUAUAAGAGGUUUACAACAAGGUUUAACGUGCGCUUAUCUCAAUCAGAUUGCUCUUAAUGGUUGUAGAUUGGGGUUAUACGAGCCAAGUAGAUAUUAUUUUACCAAGUUCUUUGACUCUAGUAACUUUGAUGAGGCAUCAGGACCUAAGAGCCAAAGGAUGUUGAUUAAUGUAUGUGCAGGAACUUUUACUGGUAUGGUAGGUGCAGUUAUGGCAAAUCCUUUCUUUUUAAUCAAGACAAGAAUGCAAUCAUAUUCUUCUGCGGCUGCAACCUCUAAGUUAGCAGGUAUAAACAUUGGUCAACAGACAUUCUAUCACAGCACAUGGCAUGGAUUGAAGUCAAUCUAUAAACUUGAAGGAGUUAAGGGCUUAUUUAGAGGAGUUAGUGCAGCUAUGGUGAGAACAGGUUCUGGUGCGUCUGUUCAGUUGCCUGUGUAUAACCUUACCAAACAGUACUUACUUGAUAAUAAUUUGGUUAAAGAUGGUUCAUUGAGCUUGCACUUUUUCGCAUCUUCUACGGCUGGUUUGGCUGUUGCAAUUUUCAUGAACCCUGGUGAUGUUAUCUUGACUAGAGUUUACAAUCAAAAAGGAGAUUUAUAUAAGGGUAUGGUCGACUGUUUCGUUAAGACUGUCAGGGCAGAAGGUGUGAUGUCCUUGUACAAAGGAUUUUGGGCACAAUUACUUAGAAUUGGACCUCAUCUGAUCUUGACCUUAAUGUUUAUGGAACACUCCAUGAAGUUUGUGAGUACUAUUGAAAAGAAGCUCAUUUUUAAUUAA